GUCGCGUUCCUAAGUCUCACUCGUCUCUUCCUCACGCCGUGAGCUCCCUCUCACAGUCGCUUGGUGCCGAAAUCCCCCCAAUCAUCGAUCGGAAACAAAAGAGCCUUGGGAACUAACUGAGAUCGCGCAUCACUGGCGUGGAAAUGCGUGGAUUCUUGGGGGGGCCAAUGGCCGCCGAGAUGGUAAUUUUGGCCACAAGUGAGAGAUUGAAGGAGAUGGAUUGGACGAGAAACAUCGAGAUCUGUGAGCUUGUUACACGUGAUCCAGGGCAAUCCAAGUGUGUCAUCAAAUCCAUAAAAAAGCAGCUGAAGAAUAAAAAUGUCAAUACUCAAUUUUUCUCUGUUAUGUUGCUAGAAAUGCUAAUAAAUAACUGUGGAGAUCAUAUUCACAAACAAGUGAUGGAUAAUAAACUGCUACCGAUCUUAGUGAAGAUUGUGAAGAAAAAGACAGAUUUGCCUGUCGGAGAAAGAAUAUUUCUUCUUCUUGAUGCUGCCCAGACAGCUCUUGGUGGAGUUUCUGGAAGAUACCCACAGUACUAUACUGCAUACUACGACCUGGUGUCCUCUGGAGUACAGUUUCCUCAACACCCACAUGUUAUGCUACAUGAAGAAUCUACUCCUCAGAAUCAAGCAAAGUGUUCUCCUCAAGAAUCUCAUUUUCAUAAUUGUGAAAAUAUUGAAAAGCAAGUGACCACUCAGUUGGUGCCUGACUCUAGUAUAAUACAUAGAGCCUCCAGCGUCUUGGAAGUCUUACGGGAUGUGCUGAAUACUUUAGAUCCGAAGAUUCCACAGGGAGCAACUGAUGAAUUUACCUUAGAUCUAGUGGAACAAUGUUCAUUUCAGAAGCAGCGAAUCAUGCACCUAGUGAUGACCUCACGGGAUGAGAAACUGGUUACUCAAGCCAUUGAGUUGAAUGAGCAGCUACAUCAGGUGCUAACUCACCAUGAUAGCCUCCUUUCAGUUUGUGAUACAGCUACUCCAACUUCUUGCGUCAAUGAGGAAGGAGAAGAGGAAGAAGAUGCAGAAAGUCUUUAUCGAAGAAUACGGAAAGGAAAAGCAUGUGCCAAAGAUCAUUCAGAAAGUUCUGUAAUUUAUUUCAGACCCAUUCCUGAGGAAAAUAUGGGCAGACCAAUAAUUAGACCGCUGCGCAUACAGCCAUCUAAUGCAGAUAGUAGACCAAGUCCGACAUGCAGGCAGUCAUCUGAUCCAGGGAUUAAACAGCAUCCACCAGCCCAUUUAUCACCUCAGUUGAACAAAAACAUGGACGGCGACAAAUUUCUUGAUAAUAAAAGGAUGGAUGGUUCGGAUCUGGAAGGUCACAUCAGGGACCUAUCGCUGCACAGCCGCAAUGCUAGUAGCUCUGGGAGUUGCAGCACUGACUGCAGUGAACGAGAUGUAUUUGGUUUUCGGGAUUGAUGACAGAUAGGAACUUCUUUGGAGAGGCCAUCUGCUUCAACGUUCUAACGCCAGAUCUAUCUGUGCUGACCAUUUAUUGCAAUUCAUCUGAGCUUGCUUGUUUGGGAAAUGAUGGUGUUUUGUAUAUAAGAUGGCAAGAGAAACAAUGGUUAUGGACGAAAGUUACCAAUUAACUCUUGAGCAUUCCAGAGGGUUGUUGCAGGCUUUGUCGUAGUGUGUAAACCAAACUCAAACAUUCAUGAUGUUUAGAAUAGAUCAUCAGAGUUGCAUGUUGAUUUGUA